AUGCAAACCAGUCGAACAUUGACUUCAGUAUCCGCUUUAACAAAUUUUAAUAUUUCAUACAAGAAAACUGUAGGUCAUAAACUCAGAGAUAUUAUAGCAACAUGCGGACACUAUUUAAAUCCAGUUAAAAAAUAUAUAUUUCCCAAUUUUGUUGCCGUUCAUUACGUAUAUAUCAUUUUUAUGACAAUUUUAUGCUCUGUUUUAAUGUAUCCAUGUCAUAAUGCACGUUAUAUUGAUAUUCUUUUCAUAUCCUGCGGGGCUGUUACACAAGGUGGUUUAAAUACUAUUAAUAUCAAUGACUUAAGACUUUAUCAACAAAUGAUACUUUAUAUAAUUUGUUGUCUUUGCACACCGAUAGCUAUUCAUGGUUGUUUAGCAUUUGUUAGAUUGUAUUGGUUUGAAAGAUAUUUCGAUGAUAUAAAGAAUUCAUCAAAGAGAAAUUUUAAGAUGAGAAGAACCAGAACAAUCUUGCAAAGAGAAAUGACAAGAAGAAGGACAUUGACCAGUAGAACACAUUCAUUUCAAGCAUCUGCAAAUAAUGCUCCUAUGUCUAACUUGAAAUUUGGUCAUACUAUCCAUAGAGCUAAUACAGCAGAAACUAAUUUUCAAGAAAAAUUGUUCAGUGGUCUUAAAGUUAAUAGAGAUGAAGAAUCAACUAGUUCUAAUCAAGCUUCAAAUACUACAUGGAGAAGUUCUAAUACUGCUAAUAGUCAAAUGAGUGGUAGUCAAUCGAAUAUACAUGAAUAUUUGGGUGUUUCUAAAAAUAGUAACAAUGGUAAUGGUACUGGUAGUAACGCCAUUAGUAAUAGUAAUGGCAAUAUUACUCGCGUUAGAAAAAACAGUAUUAACAGUAGUGUUAGUGGUGGUUUUAAUUCGGAUAGUGAUGAUAGUAUCAUUAACACACAUAAAAAAAGGAUGCCAUUACCUCAACCUGGAGAAAGUUUUGCUAAGAGGCGAAAAUCUGGUGAUGUAAGACCAGAGGAUAUGUAUAGAUCAAUUAUGAUGUUACGUGAAAAACAACAGCAAGAGCAACUACAACAACAAAAAGAAGAAGAUACGUCAGAUGAUGCGGAGCCUGUGUUAUUUAUUAAAGGUAGAAAUAUCAAUACUUCUUCUGUUAAAAGAUCGACAAAGAAGACUCAAUCAGACCCAAACUUGUCUAGAAAUAGUAUAGAAUCUCAACAAGUUGCUAAUUUCAAGAUAAAAUCAGAUGUUGAAAACUGUUCGAAAGAAGAUUAUGAGAGUAGCAAUUCACAUUCUAUCAAUAAUUUGAGAAAUUCAAAUUAUGUAUCAGAAUCUAGUGUUGUGAAUACUAAUGAUCACGACACUGAAAAUGAGCACAUAGAUAGUCAACAUAGUGGCACAAAUAUUGAAUUAAGUUCUGAUUCUGAAAAUUCUGCUAGUGUAGUAGUGACAGAUUCAUUACCAGAAUCCAUCAGCUCACACCAAGGUUCAUCUAAUACACAGAGAGAAGGAAGACUGUCAAAUCAACAUAUUAAGUUUGUCAAUAACAUGGAUACCGAUACUUUGAGGCAGCAUGGUGGUGAUCUGAAUAUUCCUUCAGGUGGUAAGAACAAAGAAGGUCAAUCAAUUCAGUUUAACAUUACGGCUCCACCAAGAAAGAUGAUCAAAAGGAAAAGCUAUAAUUCACAAUAUUCUAAGGUGGUUAGACCAAGUUAUGGUAAAAGAAGACAGAUAUCAAGUCGCUCGAUUUUACAACAAUUAAAGAAAGGUGGAAAACUACGCAGAAAUAUUCAACGUAGAUUAUCAAAUAAUAAUGUUGCAAAACCAUUAAAUGAACUUAGCUCAAUUGGUAAUAAACAAGAUAUGAAAUAUCCUGAGGAACAAAUAGGCAACUAUGACGGGGAGGAUUACUUUGCUGACAAUGAAACCGUUGAUGACAUUCUCUUUGACGUAUCUCCCAAAAAAUUGAAUGAACUCUCUCAAGCUCCUGAUUUUCAGGAUAUGGUUUAUGAAAAUUGGAAGGCAAGCCAUAAACAUAAUAAGAGGCCUGAAAAUAAGAGGAGGAAAAGUUGGAUAUUUGAUAAUUAUUAUAAAGGUGAUCACGAAAAUGUUGGAAAGUUUAAUAUGUCAAGCAUGUCUACUUCAGAUAAAAUGAAGAAAGAUAAAAAAGAAGCACCUCCGAAUGACUUAUUAUCUAGCAGCAUGGAUUCGGCUAGCAAUGUUACUAGCAGCAGUACACAAAAUGGAAGUUUGGAGAAUUAUGAUUAUGAUGAAGAAGAUCCUGCUAAUUAUGGAUUGCAUUUUGAUUACAAUAUUCCUAAUAAUAUGAAUUUACCUUUGAGUAGAACUAUGAGUACUAAUUAUCUUUCGUGGCAGCCAACUAUUGGUCGUAAUUCAACGUUUGUCGGGCUUACAAAAGAUCAAAGGGAUGAAUUAGGUGGUGUAGAAUAUAGAGCCAUCAAACUCUUGUGUCGUAUUGUGGUUUUUUAUUAUGUUGGGUUUCAUGUCAUGGCGUUUACAAUGUUACUUCCCUGGAUUUGUGAAAUGAAAGACUAUAUUUAUGUUGUUAGACAGGAUGGUAUAUCACCUGCUUGGUGGGGAUUCUUUACCGCCAUGAGUUCAUUUAAUGAUUUGGGUAUUACAUUGACACCUAACUCUAUGGCUUCAUUUGCAACUUCUAUUUAUGUACAAGUUGUUAUGAUAUGGUUUAUGAUUAUUGGUAAUACAGGAUUUCCAAUUCUGUUGAGAUUAAUUAUUUGGAUAAUGUUCCAUCUUGCCCCAGAUCUUUCCCAAACAAAGGAGAGCUUAGGUUUUUUAUUGGAUCAUCCACGUCGUUGUUUCACUUUAUUAUUUCCAAGUUCGGCUACAUGGUGGUUAUUAUUAACUUUACUAUUCUUAAAUAUUACAGAUUUGAUUUUAUUUAUCAUUUUGGAUCUGGGUGCAGAAGUAUUAAAACCAUAUACAAAAGGAAUCAGGGUAUUGAUGGGUGCAUUUCAAGCAGUAAGUACUAGAACAUCGGGUUUUAGUGUAACAGAUUUGAGUCAACUACAUGCAGCUAUUCAAGUUUCUUAUAUGUUGAUGAUGUAUGUUUCCGUUUUACCACUAGCUAUAUCAAUAAGAAGAACUAAUGUUUAUGAAGAACAAUCACUUGGAUUAUAUGGCAAGAUGAAUGAAAGAGAGUUAGAAGAAGAGGAGGAGGAAUUAGAGGGGUUGAGUGAUACUAGUAGUAACUCGGAGGAAGGAAGUGAUGAUAGUACAAAGAAGAGAAAAAAACAGAAAAAUAAAAAGAAAUUUAGACAUAAUAAUAUGUCUACAGAUACAUUAUCAUCAGAAGACUUAGAUGAGAUAUCUACAAAAUCCUUUAUUGGAGCACAUUUAAGAAAGCAAUUAUCGUUUGAUUUGUGGUUCUUAUUUCUUGGAUUGUUUAUUAUUUGUAUUUGUGAAAAUGAUAAGAUUAAAGAUGAGGCUAUGCCAAGUUUCAAUAUUUUUGCAAUAUUAUUUGAAAUAGUUAGUGCUUAUGGUACUGUUGGCUUAUCUUUGGGAUAUCCAAAUACAAACCAGUCAUUUUCUGCCCAAUUUACUGUAUUAUCUAAGUUGGUUAUUAUUAGUAUGUUAAUAAGAGGCCGGUGUAGAGGUUUACCAUACUCUUUGGACAGAGCUAUUUUACUUCCAAGUGAAAGAUUAGAGCAUAUCGAUCAUAUUGAAGACAUGAAAUUGAGAAGGCGUAACACAACAUCGUUAAAUAAUACGGAUCCAAUGACAGGUUAUGUGAUGAAUAAAACUGGUUGGAUACGUGCUAAUUUAGGGAAAUUUGGUAUUUCGCCUACAAUGAAAGGACAUAGAUCAGAAACAAGUCCAAUAUUGGAAGAAUAUGAAAUGGGAGAAAACCAUGAUCACCAGAAAAAAGAUAAUCAUCCGAUUUCAGAUGAUAGAAUAAAAACAUUGUAA